AUGUUAAAACAACCACUACCAACAUGUACCAAUGCAGAACAACUGCCACCAACACAUACCAAUACAGAACAAGCACCACCAACACAACAAUCACAGCCAACACGUACCAAUGCAGAACAACGGCCACCAACACGUACCAAUGUAGAACUGCCUCCACCAACACGUACCAGUGUAGAACAAGCGCCACCAAUAGGUAUCAUUGUAGAACAACCAACACCAACACGUAUCAUUGUAGAACAACCACCGUCAACACAUACCAACACAGAACAACCACCACCAACACGUACCAAUGCAGAACAACCACCACCAACACGUACCAAUGCAGAAAAAACACCACCAACACGUACCAACGUAGAACAACCACCACCAACACGUACCAAUGUAGAACAACCACCACCAACAUGUACCAAUGUAGAACAGCCACCACCAACACGUACCAAUGCAGAACAACCACCACCAACACGUACCAAUGUAGAACAACCACCACCAACACAACAACCACCACCAACAUGUACCAACGUAGAACAACCACCACCAACACGUACCAACGUAGAACAACCACCACCAACAUGUACCAAUGUAGAACAGCCACCACCAACACGUACCAAUGCAGAACAACCACCACCAACAUGUACCAAUGUAAAACAACCACCACCAACACGAACCAACGUAGAACAACCACCACCAACAUGUACCAAUGUAGAACAGCCACCACCAACACGUACCAAUGCAGAACAAUCACCACCAACACAACAAGCACCACCAACACGUACCAAUGCAGAACAAUCACAGCCAACACGUACCAAUGCAGAACAACCGCCACCAACACGUUCCAAUGUAGAACAUCCACCACCAACACGUAUCAAUGCAGAACAAUCACCACCAACACGUUCCGAUCCAGAACAACCACAGCCAACACGUACCAAUGUAGAACAACCACCACCAACACGUACCAACACAGAACAACCACCACCAAUACGUACCAAUUUAGAACAACCACCAUCAACAUAUACCAACACAGAACAACCACCCCCAACACGUACCAGUGCAGAAAAACCACCACCAACACGUACCAAUGCAGAACAACCACAGUCAACACAACAACCAUCAUCAACACGUACCAGUGCAGAACAACCACCACCAACACGUGCCAAUGCAGAACAACCACAGCCAACACAUACAAAUGCAGAACAACCACCACAAACACGUGCCAAUGCAGAACAACCACAGCCAACACGUACAAAUGCAGAAAAACCACCACAAACACGUGCCAACGCAGAACAACCACCACCAACACGUAACAAUGCAGAACAACAACUAUCAACACAUACCAACGCAGCACAACCUCCAUCAACACGUACCAACGCAGAACAACCACAGCCAACACGUACCAAUGCUGAACAAUCACAACCAACACGUGCCAAUGCAGAACAACCACCAUCAACACGUGCCAAUGCAGAACAGCUAACACAAUCAGCCUUGGAUCACUACAGAAGUGAAGCGACUGAGCAGGCAAAAGAUGGUUUAACUCACGUGGAUAGUGAAACUAAAGCAAAUAUUUUAAAUGAACAGUUCUCAUCAGUGUUUAACAAAGAUGAAGAUGUAAACAAAAUCCCUGAUAUGGGCACAAGUCCUCACCCACCUGAAGGCAACAUUAAAGUGACAAUGCCUGGUGUCGAGAAACUUUUAUCCGGAAUUGAACCACAUAAAGCUAGUGCCUCUGACGGAAUCCCAAGGCGUCUGUUCAAGAAACUAGCCUCUGAAUUGGCACCAGUAUUCACACUUUUCUUUCAGGUCUCACUUGAUCUUGGUACAGUACCGGAUGAGUGGAAGACAGCCUAUAAAGACGAAAGAGCUAUGCUCUACAGCUUUGAUACGCCCUCAUAUAGAAUACUCCUCUGUGAUCCGUUUACGGCAGCUAACAUCUACAAGCUGGAGAUGGUCCAAAGUACAGCAGCAAGGAAGAAUGCACAACCACCACCGACACGUACUAAUGCAGAACAAUCACAACCAACACGUACCAACGAUGAAAAACAAAUACUACCAGCACCAACAAACAACAGAGAAACCACAGCACCAGCGCUUGAAUCAGAAGGUACUGAAGCGCUUGAUUAUAGUUUACAUCUGGAGUUGGAAACCUCAGUAGAUGAUGAUAUAGUUUAUGGAACAGAACAGAUGAAAAGACGAAUACAAGGUGUGGCACAACAUGUAAUUGUGAAACGAGAAACGACCCUUGAAGACCUUAUUGACUUAUGUGCAAUCUUGGCUUCGUCAGACUCUGACCAGGAGUCUGAUGAAGACAUACUUAUGGAGGAUUUUUUAAAGUUCUUACCAGAAUCCGAUAGAGAUCUUCUUGAGCAUGCUCUCUCAGAAACCUCUUGGCCAGUGGUCAAGCCAACAACAUACCUGAGGCUGAUGAGGAGAAGUAUUACACCUUUUGCCAUGAGCACUUUCUUUGAAAGGCUGAAUGCAGACUGUCUGCGAAGGUUUCUGUCUGCAUUUCAACCUGACAAGGACAAGCUGCCAUUGCUUCAGAAAUGUGAUGAUAUAAAAGAAAACACAAAAAAGUUCUACUAA